AAUUAGAUAAACGGUUACUGAAAAGAAAGACGGACUCGCAAAUAGUCAUCAGUUAGGUUAUGCAAGGCAUUGCAUGGAUUAAUCAGAUAAAGUGCAUGAGGACUCUGGUAUUUUGCAGUUGUAGAAGUUUUCUUUUUUUAUCUGGCGGCAUAUUUAGGGGACACCUGCUGCUGACUUUGACAUUCUGUAUUGACAUUGUCAAAUAAAUAACACAAUUAAGAACAUUUAAAAAUGCGAUUCUAUAAUACGACAAGCUUAAGUGUAAUAACAGGCUGGCUAUGAGUGCGGCGCUUGCAGCAGUUUGCUGUAAUUCAGCACUCAGAUGAACAUAAAAGCCCGACCGUCCCGCAGCCCUAACUUCACCUGCACUGCCGCCUCCUGGACGGACACGCCGGCUCUGCCGGGGAUUUGCUAUAAACUCGUAAGCUGAAGGAUCUCGCCCAAAGCGAGGAAAGCGGCGCUCAGGCGACGGGAUGGCGAGCCGAGUGAUCUUCGCAUUUAAGACAGUCGUCCUGCUCGGGGUCUUGCUGAUACAAACUGGGACCAUGGGCCGAAGCAGGAGCACAGGGCUGUUCGCUGCGAAGAGGGACGGGGACCCCGGGGCGGAGAGCCCGUGCGAGGUGAAGACCGUCACCGUGUCCACCUUGCCGGUUCUCCGAGAGAACGAGUUCAGCUUCACCAGCGGCGGUUCAGGCAGCUUGUCCGGGGGAGUGGGGGACUCUCAGCUCCUUCUGCUCGUCAGGACGGACGUGCCUGGAAAAAUCACUGUCUUGGAUGACCUGGAAAACACGGCUCUGCCGUUCUUCACCCUGGAGAUGUCGGGCACCGGUAUCGAGGUCUCGCUCGUCCACUGGAAGCAGCGGUGGCUGGACAAUGGCACGCUGUAUUUCCACGUGUCCCUGAGCGGCGCCGAGCAGCUGGCCCAGGUCACGGAGCCCACGGAGCGCGAGCUGGCCCACGUCCUGCACGAGCACGCACACCUGCUGCACGUCUCUGUCAUGGGAAGCCUGAUCGCUCUGCUGCUGCUGGUCCUGCUCUUCGCCAUGGUUCUGUACGCACGGCGGCACUGGUGUAAACGCCGUCAUGUGCCCCAGAAGAGAGGGAGCACCGAGGCGACCCACGAGAUCCACUACAUCCCGUCUGUGCUGCUGGGGCCACAGGGUCGUGACGGCUUCCAUAACAGCCGGCUGCAGCCGCCCGAUCCCGUCAUCAGCAUGUCCAUUCGGGAGACGCCCAUCCUGGACGAUUAUGACUGUGAGGAGGACGAGCGUCUGGGCCAGAACAUCGACCGGCUGCACAACCAGCUGUGCAGCCAGGCUGCUGACUACAAGGGGGAGGAAAUUUACAGCACCAAAGUGACCCACACCAUGGAGAGAAUGUACAAGACAGAAGACAGCCAUAAACGUGGACCUGAUCAGAGAGCGGUUGACCCCAAACAAGAAACAGUGGAGACCUUGAUGCUGAAGUUCAAGGAGAGCUUCCGCACCAACACACCGGUAGAGAUCACACACUUGCAGCAGGUGACAUGCAGUGCCUACACUGGCAGGAAGAGGCGACGCAGUCACUGCAGAGGAGGACCUGUUUUCGGGCAGCCAGAGGACUCGGGAUCAGAAGCAGAUGAUGAAGCACAAAUGAAGUUCUACACAGCACACCAAAGGGGGCGCCGUCGCAGCAAAGGUGCUGUGCGCAGCCCAGUGAACAAGGCCACUCUGACAUUGCUCACCAUCAGCAUGUGCAUCUCAGCUGUGGUGUACAGCAGCCAGCUGUCCUGCCCCCUCACGGUGAAGGUGAUCCUGCACGUCCCAGAGCACUUCGUUGCUGACGGGAGCAUUUUUGUGGUGAGCAUGGGGAGUUACCUUGAUGUGUCGGACUGGCUGAAUCCUGCCAAGCUGGUCCUCUACUACCAAACCAACUCCAGCAGCCAGUGGGUGAGGGACUACUGCGGACAGAGGACCACCACCCCGUGUGAGCAGCUCUGUGACCCCGACUCAGGUGAAUGCAGCUGUCAUGAGGGAUACUCCCCUGACCCGGUACACAAACACCUCUGUGUUCGGAGCAACUGGGGACACAACGAAGGUCCAUGGCCCUAUUCAAACCUAGAAAAGGGUUAUGACCUUGUUACAGGAGAGCAAGCUCCAGAAAAAAUAUUCCGAUCCACCUAUGGGCUUGGACAAGGGCUGUGGCUUCCAGUAAGCAAAAGCUUUGUUGUGCCCCCAGUAGAGCUGUCAAUCAAUCCUAUAGCUAGCUGCAAGACUGAUGUGCUGGUAACUGAUGACCCGGGGGAUGUUCGGGAAGAGUCUAUCAGGUCCACACAUUUCGAGACGGUGGAUGACCUGCUCUCCUCCUUUGGACCAGUUCGCGACUGCUCCAAGGACAAUGGUGGCUGCAGGAAGAACUUCAAGUGCGUGUCUGAUCGGCGUCUGGACUCCUCAGGCUGCGUGUGUCCUGAGGGCUUGCGGCCUAUGAAGGAUGGCUCCGGUUGCUAUGACUACUCAAAGGGGACGGACUGCUCCGACGGCUUUAACGGUGGCUGUGAGCAGCUGUGCCUCCAGCAGGUUCUGCCCCUGCCGGAUGACCCCUCCUCCAGCAAUGUGUACAUGUUCUGUGGGUGUGUGGAGGAGUACCGCCUUGCCCCAGAUGGCCGCUCCUGCAUGAUGCAGACAGACAUGUGUGACAGGCCCUCCUGCCAUCGACAAAACACCAUUGUGAACAGCACCCUCUUUGGGGAGAUGCUGCAUGGAUACAACAAUAAGAGCCAGCAGGUCAACCUGGGCCAGAUCUUCCAGAUGAGCUUCAGGGAUAACAACUAUAUCAAGGACUUUCCCCAGCUGGCUGAUGGCCUCAUGGUCAUUCCCCUACCUGUGGAGGAGCAGUGUCGAGGCAUGCUGUCUGAGCCACAGGCCAACCUGCACCUCCUCACAGGAGAUGCCAAAUUCAAUGAAGCCUUGGGCUAUCCCAUGGUGCAACAGUGGAGAGUACGGAGCAACUUAUACAAAGUGAAGCUUAGUUCCAUCACACUGUCUGCAGGUUUUUCCAAGGUCUUGAAGAUGCUGAACUCUGAGAGCACAAGAGAGGAGUUGCUGUCCUUCAUCGAGCAGUACGGCACUCACUACGUGUCCGAAGCGCUCUAUGGCUCUGACCUCACCUGCACCAUUUACUUUCCCAGCAAGAAGGUCCAGCAGCAGCUCUGGCUGCAGUAUCAAAAAGAGACGACGGACGCUGGAAGCCGGCGCGAGCUGAGAUCCAUGCCUUUCAUCACCUACCUGACUGGUCUCCUGGCGGCCCAGCAGCUGGCUGAAGAUCAACUGGUGUCGGGGGUGGAUAUACACUGUGAGGAGAAGGGGCAGUGCCCGGUUACCUGUCACCUGUGUCGCCAUUCCGGACGAGAGCAGACUGGACCCACCCCCGUCCUGCUGGAGGUGACCCGCAUUGUGCCCCUCUACAGCCUGGUGCAGGACAACAUCACCAAGGAGGCUUUCAAAAGUGCCACAAUGAGCUCAUACUGGUGUGCAGGGAAGGGUGAUGUAAUCGAGAACUGGUGUCGCUGUGACCUGAGUGCCUUCAGCAAGGAUGGCCUGCCCAACUGCAGUCCCCUCCGGCAGCCCGUCCUUCGUCUAGCUCCUCACCUUGAGCCCUCUAGCACAAUGGUGGCCCUGGAGUGGUUGGAUGUGGAGCCUCUCAUUGGCUGCAAGGUUUCUGAUUACAUCAUACAGCAUAAGAAGGUGGAGGACCAAUCAGAAGCAGAGAUCUAUACAGGGGAGGUGCUGAGCUUUGCAGAGGACCUCUUGGCCGGCUUGGGAUCCUCCUGCGUCGUGGCUGGAAAACGCUACAGUGAUCAUCCCGCCUCCAUUCUCUACUCUCUGAUCUUCAAAUGCCUGGAGCCUGACAGCCUCUACAAGUUCACGCUUCACGCCAUAGACAGCCGGGGACGGCACUCGGAGUCCAGCUUUGUCUUUGUCCGGACGUCCUGCCCCGUGGUCGAUGACAAUAUGGCAGAGGAGAUCGCAGACAAAGUGUACAACUUGUACAACGGCUACACCAGCGGAAAGGAGCAGCAAAUGGCGUACAACACGCUGAUGGACAUUCCUCCUCCCAUGCUCUACCGGGUGCAGUACCACUACGACUCGCACUAUGAGCGCUUCGGCGACUUCGUGUGGCGGAGUGAGGACGAGCUCGGCCCCAGGAAAGCUCAUCUUAUCCUGAGGAGGGUGGAUCACAUUAGCCGGUUCUGUGGGGCCCUUCUGCGUAGUGCCUACAUCCGGAGCCGGACAGACACCGUACCCUACGCUUUCUGUCGGAGUGAUGAGACACGACCAUCCAGCUCAGUGUGGCACAGCUCACUACAGGAGACACGUGUGUCUUGUGUGGAGAAGAUCAUGUCCAUUCCACGCAACACUUAUGCGGAGUCUAAGCUACGAUGAAAAGCCUUCGUCAUAGGUCCUUCUUCACUGGCUUCUCUUUGGAUGGUUUUCAUAAAAACUAACACGUCCAACACCUUAAUAGUGAUAAUUAAAAUGAAUGCAUAAAAUAUUCUUUUUAUAUUUUUUUUAAGGGGACUUGUGAAAACAAGUCCAAUGAGUUAAAAUACCAUCUGUUGAAAAGAGUACUGAGGAAACAUAUGUAUUGCACAAGAAAUGCCAAUGGUUGGAGACAGAAAGCAAAUGUUUUUAUUAUUAUUUAUUAUUAUUAUUUUUAUGGUGCUUUAACUUCGUUGGCAAAGAAGAUCAACAAUGCUGAACAAAUCAAGAAAGUCACCUGGACACAUUUAAUUUUGACAGCUAACAGGAUUGUUUUGAUUUGGAACUGAUAUCAAGAUACCUGUACCAUAGCCAAUUAAAUCUUUAUUACAAAGGACUACAUAGGCAUAAUAUUAUAUAUUAAAUAAAAUUUAUUUGCCUUUUACAGUCAAAUUGACUUAUAGCAGUGAUGUUACCGCAAGAAUGCUUUUUAGAAAGCAAGUCAAAACCUCCAGUAAUCAUUUGUUCAUGUUUUCCUUAUUUCUUUGUAGACAACAAACUUUGGGUAAAAUAGAAAACUAACUGGUCAAUGACACAUUAGCAAUUCAAGUGGGCAGUUUCUCUAAAAUAAGCAGGAGACGGAACUGAAUGACCACAAGAUGCUAUGUUUGUUCCAGUGUCUUUUCAUUUCAAAUUGCCAAAAAUAUAGUUUAAUGUAACCCACAAAAAUUUAUAUAUUUAGAAUAAUACAUUUAAACUGUUCAUUAACAAGCCUGUUAUGCAAGACAUCAGUGUGUUCAAUUAUGCAAAAAAACUAAACGCUACAUGAAAAUUUGUAUUUUUGUCUGAAUUUGUUUUUUUUUUGUCAUUUGAUUGAAAGAUGGUUAUCAAAUGUUAUGCAGAAAAGAAAAAAAUGUACAUUAUGUGUGACGGAGGGUCAUGCACUUUUAAUAUCUCUGUCUAUAUUUUGUAAUAAUAAAAUCCAUAGUCCAAUACAGUAAAAUAUAUAAUGGUGCAAGGAUUAAAUGAAGAAACAAAUGCCCCAAAUACACCUAAAAUAAACACACACAAAAAUGCAGGCCAUCAGAUCAAGCUAAACACUAACACUACCUCCAUGUACAAUAGUUUGACAAUGAAUCAUUCAGGUCCUGCAUAUGAUCAUAAUAAAUUUCUAAUAACAUCAAUAUUAUGCCGUAGAGAUAUGCAGCACUACAGUGAUGUCUGAGGUGCAGGAAAAAGUGUUCACUGUGCAAAUGUUGACACUUAUCGAUCUGUUUAAACAGAAAGCGUGACUACCCACACCAGAACCAAUUCAUUUUUUGUCAAUGUAAUAAAUAAAUGCAUAAAUAGAUGUAUAGACUUAUUACCUAAAAUUUAUCAUACUGAACAGAAUGGUUUAAGUAUCAUUACUUUUUGUCAUAAAAUGAAAAAUGCAAAAGAAAUUCAAGCUUUUUUUAAGCAUCCAAAAACUGUUUAUAUACUACAGGAUAGUACAGGAUUUGCUAAACAUAAGGAGAGAAAAAAAACUUGGUUAUCAAACAAUUCUUUUAGUGUUUUGACAUUUUUUUAAUUCAUAUUUAUUAACUGUCUUUGCCAGGUGUGGAGUUAAUAUUUCCGUAAGUUUUGUUUUCAGUGGGCACUACUGAGUACUCUGUUUGCAGUAAGACUGAAGGUAUAUACGAAAAACACAAAAUUGUCAUCUAGCUGCAAUUUCUGUACUAAGGUGAGGCAUUCCAGUCAUUCCAAUCAUUUAAUAUAAUAAUUCCUUUAUUCUUUUGAUUUUUUUUUCAAUGCUUAAGAUUACAGUGAGAUAAAUUAAGCCUUUUUAAAAACAGCUAAGAUGGGAGUUUUCACCACAAAAUGAAUGUGUGAGACGGGAUUUCUAAAUCAGAAAAACACGACAUACUUCCUCAGAUUCUCAAGUUUUGAUGUUUUCAACAUUUGGAAAGAAACUAUGGGAUUAUGGGAAUGCAUCAGACACAGUCAUCAGCAAAAAUCUGGGAGCAUAAAAAUUCCAAAAGUAUGAAUGAUGGAGGUACAGUAAAUAAAACAUUUUUAAUAUUUAACUGAAAAACUACUAUUUGUUUUCAUUUUCGUCAGUAAUUUUUCAUGACGUAUGAGGAUUCUUUGAAUGGAUAAUUAUAGGUAAUUGCUUGUGUCAUGUAACAAUUUGUCUGAUGGACAGUGAUUAGUUUUGUUAGUAAGGUGGAGAGUAAAUGGUAGAGGGUAAGAGCUGAAUAUCUGUGCCCAGUAUUUUACAUUCCACAAUUAUAGUGCAAGGGCCCUCAUUUGUAUUUAUUCUAAUAUCAUUUCGAGCUUUAUAAGCCAUAUAAUACCAUUUUGGCAUUUACUGUAGCAUUGGAAUCUUUGCAUGCAUACUACAAGUACCACUUCACACC